UUGCAGCCUCCUGGUUGCCUCAGUCCAGGCAAGGAGCUGGCAAUCUCCUUUGUAGUUUCAGGAGCAGUUCUGUUACCAUGGAGGCCACAUUCUGAUUUCAAGAGUGUAAAGCUUCAAAAGUCAAGCUUGCCAAGAGCCUCUGAAGGAAAAUCUGCCACUUCCAUCAAUUUCACACAAAUGGUUGAUCCUGGAGGUGGUGCUAUUUGCAAUGGAACACUUCACAAUCAGAGUGACCACUGUCACAGAAAAAACUGCACAAAGAACGGGAUGGUGAAAGAAGCCCAGCAAAAUGGAAAUUCAAAUUUUUAUAAGCCAAUGGUUGAAUCCUUUGAGGAAGCACCUCUACAUGUUAUGGUUUUCACUUACUUGGGAUAUGGAAUUGGAACGCUGUUUGGCUAUCUCAGAGAUUUUUUGAGAAACUGGGGAAUAGAAAAAUGCAAUGCAGCCAUAGAGAGAGAAAAGCAAAAAGAUUUUGUGCCGCUGUAUCAAAGCUUUGAGAGUUUUUAUACACGGAACCUUUACAUGAGAAUCAGAGACAACUGGAACCGGCCCAUCUGCAGUGCCCCGGGGCCCUUGUUUGAUGUGAUGGAGAGGGUGUCAGAUGACUACAACUGGACGUUUAGGUUUACUGGAAGAAUCAUCAAAAAUGUCAUCAAUAUGGGUUCCUAUAACUUCCUUGGCCUGGCAGCCAAGUACGAUGAAUCUAUGAAAACAGUAAAGGAUGUUUUAGAGACAUAUGGCCUGGGCGUGGGCAGCACCAGACAUGAAAUGGGAACCUUGGAUAAACAUAAAGAGUUGGAGGACCUUGUAGCUAAGUUCCUGAAUGUAGAAGCUGCUAUGGUCUUUGGGAUGGGAUUUGCAACGAACUCAAUGAAUAUCCCUGCACUCGUUGGAAAGGGAUGCCUCAUUUUAAGCGAUGAGUUAAACCAUGCAUCUCUUGUGCUUGGGGCCCGACUCUCGGGUGCAACCAUAAGGAUCUUCAAACACAACAACAUGCAAAGCCUAGAGAAGCUCCUGAGAGAUGCUGUAAUCUACGGCCAGCCUCGAACCCGCAGAGCCUGGAAAAAGAUUCUCAUCCUAGUGGAGGGCAUCUACAGCAUGGAAGGUUCCAUCGCGCGUCUAUCCCAGAUCGUGGCUCUAAAGAAGAAAUACAAGGCUUACCUCUACGUAGAUGAAGCUCACAGUAUUGGGUCCGUGGGCCCGACCGGCCGCGGUGUGAUGGAGUACUUUGCAAUGGACCCCAGAGAUAUUGAUGUAUUUAUGGGCACAUUCACCAAAAGCUUUGGCGCCUCGGGAGGUUACAUAGCUGGAAGGAAGGACCUUGUGGAUUAUUUACGGGCUCACUCACAUAGCGCUGCUUAUGCCACCUCCAUGAGCCCCCCGAUAGCAGAGCAAGUCAUCAGAGCAAUGAAACUCAUCAUGGGACUAGAUGGGACCACACAAGGGUUGCAGAGAGUACAGCAACUUGCAGAAAACACAAGAUACUUCAGACAGAGACUGAGUGAAAUGGGAUUCAUUAUCUAUGGCAAUGAGGAAUCUCCCGUUGUUCCCCUGCUCCUUUACAUGCCUGCUAAAGUAGCGGCUUUUGCAAGGCAUCUAUUAAAGAGAAAAAUCGGCGUGGUGGUCGUUGGAUUUCCAGCUACUCCCCUUGCAGAAGCCCGGGCUCGGUUCUGUGUUUCAGCAGCACAUACGCGGGAGAUGUUAGACGCAGUUUUGGAAGCCCUGGAUGAGAUGGGUGACCUCCUGCAUGUGAAAUAUUCCCGGAACAGGAAGUCAGCACGCCCUGAACUCUACGACGAGACGAGCUUUGAACUUGAGGAUUGAGUUUCCUGGACCUGAAUGGAGCCUAAAGACUUUGCCAGAAAGACCUCCCUCCUUGCCUCCAAAGAAAUAUGAAUAGAUUUCUUCUCCUUUCUAAGGACA